AUGUCUCUGGACUCUCCCCAAAGAAAAUUGGGUAGGGGAAAGAUCGAGAUCAAACGGAUCGAAAACACAACAAACCGUCAAGUCACCUUCUGCAAAAGGCGCAAUGGGUUGCUCAAGAAGGCCUAUGAACUCUCUGUACUCUGUGAUGCAGAGGUUGCUCUCAUAGUCUUCUCUAACCGUGGCCGACUUUAUGAGUAUGCCAACAACAGUGUUAAAGAAACAAUUGAGAGGUACAAGAAGGCAUGUGCAGAGUCUACAAAUACCGGAUCUGUUUCCGAAGCUAGUACUCAGUACUACCAACAAGAAGCUGCGAAACUGCGCGCUCAGAUAGGGAAUUUGCAGAACUCAAGCAGGCAUAUGAUGGGCGAGUCAUUGAGUUCUAUGAAUAUGAAAGACCUGAAGAAUCUGGAGAGUAAACUAGAGAAAGGAAUCAACAGAAUCAGAUCCAAGAAGAAUGAGCUCUUGUUUGCCGAAAUUGAGUACAUGCAGAAAAGGGAAAUUGACUUGCAUAACAACAACCAGCUCCUACGAGCAAAGAUAGCUGAGAAUGAGAGGAGCCAGCAAAACAUAAAUGUGAUGGCUGGAGGGGGAAGUUAUGAGAUCAUGCAGUCUCAGCCAUAUGACUCUCGGAACUAUUUUCAAGUGAAUGCAUUACAACCCAAUCAUCAGUACAAUUCACGCCAAGAUCCGAUGGCCCUUCAAUUAGUUUAA